CAUCGAUCUGGGUCUGUAUAGGAGGUGCUUGAUUUUGCUGUUAUGCAACGAGUUUAGCGGUACUUGACCUGAAUUAGGCCCCCAAACUCCAACCGCUCGCGUUUUCAACCAGCAAAGGGCCAUGAUACUUUCUCAGUCGACCGGAAUUUCUAGCACCAGUCGUACCAGGUCUCAGGUCCGCGGAGUCGCGCGUGUGCCGGCACACCGCGCCUCCAGGUCCGGACAAUGCGUCCAAUUCCGUCACGCCUCGCCGCUUCCCAGCCCGGCCCCACACGUUUCCGGCCGCCCAGCUCGCCGCGAUCUACCUUCAGCUACUACUAAUGGCGUUUCUGCAGCAGAUUCCGGCCGCGUCGACAAAGUGCUUGAUAAUGUGUACGAUGUGAUUGUUGUCGGUGGCGGCCUUUCGGGCUUAGUAACCGGUCAAGGACUAGCAGCACAACAUGGAAUCCAAAAUUUCCUUGUAACGGAGGCUCGCGAGCGCGUUGGUGGCAACAUCACCUCACUGUCCGGCGAUGGCUAUGUUUGGGAGGAGGGCCCAAACAGCUUCCAACCUAACGACAGCAUGCUCCAAGUCGCGGUGGAUGCCGGAGUGGACAAGGACCUUGUGCUGGGGGACCCCAAGGCUCCCCGCUUCGUGUUCUGGGAGGGCCGGCUGCGCCCGGUUCCCAGCGGCCUGGACGCGCUCACCUUCGACCUGAUGAGCCUGCUGGGCAAGAUACGCGCGGGGCUGGGGGCGAUCGGGCUCAUGAACGGCCGCAUGCCGGACCACGAGGAGAGUGUGGCGCAGUUCAUCCGUCGCAACCUUGGUGAGGAGGUGUUCGCGCGGCUCAUCGAGCCCUUCUGCUCGGGCGUGUACGCGGGCGACCCCUCCAAGCUGUCCAUGAAGGCCGCCUUCUACAAGAUCUGGGUGCUUGAGAAGAUGGGAGGCAGCCUGGUGGGUGGCUCACUGAAGCUGCUGCAGCAGCGCAGGAGCAACCCGCCACCACCGCGGGACCCCCGCCUGCCGCCCAAGCCGCAGGGGCAAACAGUGGGUUCCUUCCGUAAUGGCCUCAAGAUGCUGCCGGAGGCCAUUCAGCGCCGCAUCGCGCAGCAAGUCAGGGUCAACUGGAAACUCGUUUCGCUCACUCGCGACGCCUCGUCUUCAGAGGACCGCUACGUGCUGGUGUACGACACCCCCGAGGGGCGAGUGCAGUGCUACAGCCGGGCUGUAGCGCUCACUGCGCCGUCGUACGUUGUGGCGGACCUUGUACGGCAGGAGGUGCCCGCCGCCGCCUCCGUCCUCUCCUCAUUCGACUACCCCCCCGUUGCCGCCGUGACGCUGGCCUACCCGCUGGGUGCCGUACGACCGGAGCGCAAGAACGACAAGGGGGAGGUGCCGGGCUUCGGGCAGCUGCACCCUCGGUCGCAGGGUAUUACCACGCUGGGCACCAUCUACUCCUCCUCCCUCUUCCCGGGUCGCGCACCGCCGGGCCAAAUGCUGCUGCUCAACUACAUCGGCGGGGCGACCAACCGGCGGAUUGUUGACAUGAGCAACCAAGAGCUGGUGGAGCAGGUGGACAAGGACCUGCGCCUCAUGGUGAUUAACCCCGACGCGCCCGCCCCGCGUGUGGUGGGUGUGCGCGUGUGGCCCCGAGCCAUCCCGCAGUUCAAUCUGGGGCACCUGGAGGCCCUCGAGGAGGCGAGGAAGGCGCUGGAUGGAGCCGGCUGGCGGGGGGUAUUCCUGGGGGGGAACUACGUGUCGGGUGUUGCGCUGGGCAAGGUGGUGGAGUACGGCUACGAGAGCGCCGGCCAGCUGGCAAAGCACAUUGCUGCGGUGAAGCAGCAGCAGCAGCAGGGGGGGAAGCAGCCGGCAGCUGCGGGCAAGGCGUGAGGG